GCUCCAAGAGAUGAGGACUUUUGUGAGCAAUCAAUCAAAAGGUGAAAUACGCCACGAGUGUAUACCAUAAUUACAGGAAGGAAGAUUUAAUCGUUUGAUUAAAUUUUCCCUUGGCUAGUGACUGAAGAAAACAGGUUUUUUUAGUAGUUCAAGAACAUCCUUCAUUCAAUAAUUUAAAAAAGGCCGGAAUAGUUGUAAAAGAAAAACCGGUUUCCAAAAACAAACGAAAAACAGAUUCACUGAACCUUUCUUUUUCAUCGAGUGGAUGACAAACAAAAAAGGCUGGACUUUCGUUGUAAAUUGGAAUCAUGUUCAAGGUCCGUGAUGUAACGCGCAAAAAAAAGGACAACUGGUACUUUGCACCUCAGUUGAAAGUGCAUCCAUUUCCCUGCCAUUGCUCAGACAACAUCAGUAAUUCACGAGAGAAAAUUUGUGUGUGUUUACAGCUUUACAACGGUGAAUGUUUACCCAUUUUCCCGUUAUUUAAUAAUAGGUUUACAAAGUGGAACACCUUACAAGUAGAAAAAACAUCUUCCUAUACGCACAGCAGUCCGCCCUGUGUUGCUUGUCCUACUUUGUAAGUCGUGAUUCUCUUCGUCUAUACAAGACAUUCUUAAUAGAAGGAAUUCUUAUUCUUAUACGUUUGGGAUAGCAGCUGCAACAGGUAUAACAUCCUGAACGUUUGACUAGUGUCUACGUGCUUAAUGUCUUGUCGUGCCCCCAAACAUGGUAGAAGAAAGCCUUCAGUCUAUACUUUCUCCUGAAUAUUAAUGCCAUUCCAAGUUCGACUCUACUAGUUACUACGGUAUCCAGUCUCGCCCUAUACUACUCGAAAAAUCAUAUGCGAGUCCUGAAACUUUUAUUUUUCCCUACACAAUUAUUGGUCGUCCCUGAGCGUGAAAAUUUUGUCGGAUGUGUUAACGGUAUGUUCGAAAAUGAUAAUUCAGUCGUUGCGCUAUUAUGAAGCGCUAGCCGGUGAUUCGCUGCGUCUGCUAGAAUUCAAACAUGCGAAAAAUCAUUGAUUAACGGGAAUUUUUAAAUUCUUGACCGCGCUGUAGUGUACACAGAAACUUGACCCUGUGACACACAUAUCGAAACCCUUUCGCGUAUAUGUUAGGAUUUCCUUUAUGCACACCAGGACGUUCAAAGGGCGCUAUAGAUGCCUGCCUACCUUAUACCUGUACAUUUAUAUCUCUAGCUAUAGGCAGGGUCGAGGAUUAGUUCCCUUUGCGAGUCCGUAGCGGACGGGUGAGACGCGGAAACAUGUCGCCUACUCUUCUAGAAACCAACAGUUUAUGGACAGGAUGGGGCGAUUGGUUUCCACCAAUGUGGCUGCUGUUGGUUACUACCUUGGUAUUUUACUACUGGACGUGGAGUCAAUCAAGAGUUGUCCGUCUCAUCAACGCCAUACCCGGACCGAAAUCCCUGCCACUCUUGGGCAAUCUUCUAGAUUUGGAUGUUUACAACGACAAUUUUUUGAAAAUGACAACAAUUGACUGGGUUCAAAAGUACGGACCAAUGUAUCGCGUCUGGCUGUGCACUCGACCUUUUAUAGCCCUUUCGUCUCCGGAAUUAGUACAAAAAAUAUUAGCAAGCACUAAACUCAUCACGAAAUCACCCGAUUACUCAAAUUUCAGUAGUUGGCUUGGAAACUGCAUGUUCACUUCAACAGGUGUUCAUUGGAAAAAUCGUCGUCGGCUGGUGACACCAGGAUUCCAUUUUCAGAAUCAUACCAGUUUCAUCGACAUAUUCAACGAAAAAAGUGCUGAAUGCGCCAGAGAAUUUGAAAGAACAAUCGAAACUCACGGCGAUGUCGAGAUCGACGUUAACCCCUUCAUGGCCAAAUGCGCAUUAAACAUUAUCUGCGAAACCGCAAUGGGACAGCAAACAAAGAUUGAAGUGGAAAAGGCGAUUUACGUUAAUAACGUUCACAGAAUUUGUCAGAUUUUUGUGGAACGUGUUAGUCGACCUUGGCUAUCCAUCGACUGGAUUUACAAGUUAAGUUCAUUGGGCCGUGAAAGUCAAAAGUGUAUCAGCUCUCUCCAUGCCUUCACCAAUAAGGUGACACGAGAUCGACGUGAAAUGCUAAAAGAGGAAGAACAGGAUCGUGGGAAUGUGCAAAAUAAAGUAAUGGAUGUCGAAAAAGAAUCAAAGAGGAGAUUUGCUUUCGUAGAUGGACUUAUAAAAGCAUCAAACGAAGGGGCUGAUCUCAACGACAACGGAAUUCGAGAAGAAAUUGAUUUAAUCACGUUCGCGGGAUACGAUACAACAUCAGCGGCUAUGGUUUGGUUUCUCUAUCUCAUAGCGAAACACCCAGAACACCAGAAACUGAUUUUGGACGAAUUAGAUGUGGUUUUUUGCGGUGAUGUAGAGCGCCCUUGCACAACUCAGGAUAUUGCUGAACUCAAAUACUUAGAAUGUUGUAUCAAAGAAGCUCUGAGGAUGUAUCCUAGCAUACCGUUCGUCAUGCGGAAUUUGACGGAAGAUGUGGAAAUAGAUGGACACACGUUGCCAGCCGGCGUAACGGUCGCAAUGGUAUUUUACGCAAUCCAUCACAAUCCCCUAAUUUAUCCGGAUCCGGAAGUUUUCAGGCCGGAACGUUUUUUCCCGGAAAACAGCGUUGGCCGACACCCAUACGCGUUUAUCCCGUUUAGCGCAGGCCCACGUAAUUGCAUUGGUCAAAAAUACGCCAUGCUGGAACUCAAAGUCGUUUUUGCCAAUCUCUUACGCAAAGUGAAGUUUUCCGUUCCUGAUCCUACAAAACCUUUGUCCGACGCUCCCGAUUUAGGAUUUGUGUUAAAGCCCAAACAUGGUGUUCGACUCAAUUUAUCAAAACGGUUAAACAAAGACUAAUAAUUUUAUUAACUUUCUAUCUUCAAUGUUUUUGUUUUUUGUUUUUCAAAUCUGUGUAUCUUGAAAUUUGUCAACGUGCUAAAAGUUUCUCGGGACGCUUACGAAUAUUUUAAUUUAAAAAGAAAUGGAUUGUCAAAAUUUGGUGAAAGGCAAUGGAGUAUAACGAUGGUAAGAAAAUUGAAAAACGGACAAUCCGGCAACUGAACGAUUUGUACUCGACGUGAGACGAAUUCAUUUUCCACUUUGUGGCGUUGCAUAAGGUGCUGCCCUCUUGUAUUGUAUACCAAUAAUAAUGUAUACUGAUUG